ACACUACCCUUGUAAGAGCAUAAGACUUCUCAGCCUGUGUUCUGUAAAAGAUUCGUUUACUUCUCAAGUUUUCCAGAAUGAAACUCACCUUCCUCAUCCUCCUCACUCUUGCAGUUUCCUUCUGCAGCGCAUCUGAUCCAAGCCAGUUACAAGACUUUUGUGUUGCUGACAACCAGAGCCCAAUUGUUGUGAAUGGCAAAGUGUGCAAGAACCCUAAGGACGCCAUGCCUGGAGAUUUCUUCUUCCAUGGGCUGGACAAGCCUGGCAACACUAAGAAUGCGGUUGGCUCCAAUGUGACCCAGGUCAAUGUUGAACAAAUCCCGGGACUCAACACUCUGGGCAUUUCUGCGGUUCGCAUUGACUACGCUCCAUGGGGCCAGAACCCACCUCACACGCACCCUCGCGCAACCGAGAUCUUGGUCGUGUUGGAAGGCACUCUAUACGUUGGGUUUGUGACUAGUAAUCAGGACAACAACCGACUGUUCGCGAAGACAUUGUACAAGGGAGAUGUGUUUGUGUUUCCAGAGGGUUUGAUCCACUUUCAGCUGAACAUAGGAGACAAGAACGCGGUGGCACUGGCUGCACUGAGCAGCCAGAACCCAGGUGUGAUCACUAUUGCUAAAUCGGUGUUUGGGUCCAACCCACCCAUCUCGGCAGACCUCCUUGCCAGGGCUUUCCAAGUCGAUAAGAAAGUCAUCGAAAAGUUGCAGGCUCCAUUCAAUUAGAUGACCAGAAAGUGUGACAUGUAUGCCUCUUUGGCAACUACUAAAUAAGUCAAACACCCUCAUAUAAUAUAAUAUAAUAAUGGAUCAUAUUUCUAUCA